AUCCCGGCCCCGGCGCUGCCCACGCUGGGGUCCCCAUGGAGGGGACUGCAGGGUCUCAGACGCCCGACCUGCGCGACGUGGAGAGCAAGGUGGGCAGAAAGACCCCCGAAGGGCUGCUCCGCGGGCUGCGAGGGGAGAGGGAGCCGGGGACCGGCGGCGCCCUGCGGCUCCCGGGGACGUCUAGCCCUGGUCACGGCCUGGGGGACAAGCUCGUGACGCUGAGGACGGAGCUGGCUUACCUGCGUGCCAUCGAUGUGCAGAUCCUGCAGCAGCUGGUGACCCUGAAUGAGGGUAUUGAGGCGGUGCGCUGGCUCUUAGAGGAGCGCGGGACGUUGACCAGCCACUGUAGCAGCCUCACCAGCAGCCAAUAUAGCCUGACAGGCGGGAGCCCAGGCCGUUCGCGACGGGGCAGCUGGGACAGCCUGCCAGACAUGGGCUCCACUGAUCGCCUGGACAGUGUCUCCAUCGGCAGCUUCCUGGACACGGUGGCCCCCAGCGAGCUGGAUGAACAGGGCCCCCUGGGAGCUCCCCCGCCAGAGAUGGACUGGGCGAGGGUUAUUCCCGGUGGGGAGAGGGCACGAACUGAGGUGGGCCUGACAGCUACCAGGCUGGAAGGAUUGAAAGCUGGGUGGAAGUCCCCAGGGGAGGGGCUGCCUGUGCCACCAGAGGACGGGAGUGUCAAGCUGGGCUUUGAGACCCAUUGGUACUGGGGCCAGUGCCAGGAUGACGUGACCUUUUUGUAAACAUCUCCUGUGGUUUCUCUUAUCUCUGAGCUCUGCUCUCCCUUAAAACUCUCUAAGAGUCUGAGGCUAGUAAGCCGUUGCCUUGAUGUGUGUACUCUGUGGUUACCAUGGAAACCUGGCCUCACCAUCUCCUUGGUCCCUGAGGAGCCCCUGGCCUUCACCCCUCAGUUAUGAGUCCCUACCACCAUUUCCUUAGAGACAUUGACCCAAGAGGCAGGGCCUCCAGUGUCUGGAGUGGCCCUAGCCCCACCUGCACCCCUCCCACUCUGGUAAGGAUUUGAGGAAUUUAGGAUUGCUAGGGGGGCCCUGGUGAAGAGGCAGGUGUGGUUACCUUACCCCAGGUCUAGACCAUUGAGCCCACUCCCGGCUAAGGUGGGCGGUGACUGAAGAAAGAGACAUGCAGGACUAACCCUCCAUGGAGUAGCCCUCCCAGAGGCCUUUUGAGUGAGUUAACCACCGUUCCUGUCUGUGGAGUGAUGUCAUUUCCUGCCAAGAGGGAUUACCACUUCCUCUGGAACAGUCCUUGGUCAGUGACAGAUGAGUAAAGAGGUGGCAGGAGCCCUUGCUGCUGCUGGGUGACAUCAGACCAUUACUUUUGGUGACCGGAAACCCUGGCCCCUUCGGGCAGGAAGUUUUCUCACUUUCUCACAGCUGCCUGUUCUUGUUUUCAGAAAGGUUACUUCUUGAUCAGUGGUCUCAUUUCAUCUACAGGCUCUCUCCUUUCCCCGGGGCUGCAUCCUUGUCUUCUGCGCCUCGCCCUGUGCUUUGAGGGAGGGAGGCUGGUGGGGGAGGAGGUCUGAAGGGGUGCUCUACCAUCUCUUCUCAAUCAAACCCUGUGGCCUGGCCCUGCCACAGGUCCCUGUCUUCCCCAGGCCCUGGGUUGCCCUGUCCUUGUCUUCUGCCCCAAAUAGGUUGACCAGGACAUACAGCCCUCUCAGCUUUCUCUUCAGACGUCUGACCUUUUGCUGGGGGUCUCAGGUCUGGGGGAGUACGUCACAAUUUCAGAUGAGAGGACAUUGUUCUCUGAUCCUGUGAUUCUCCUUCCUCCACCCAGCUCCAAGCCUUCCACCACUUGGGCACAUGGAUGCCUACUGCAGGCUGGGACACAAGGAAUCCCCUUGUCUGGGGAACAAUGGGGGCGUGGCAUGGAAAGACAAAAGUUCUUUGGUCCCUGCGCCCACAGGAGCUCCUGGGGAGGGAGGGAGAGAAAGGCUUCUUUCCUCCUCUAGAGGAAGCCCGAGACUCCUGAGACCUGGUGAAGGGAGCAGGGGCCUGGCUCUGGGCGUGGGUCCCAGGGCCCUAGUGAAUUACACCAAGGGAGAAAUUCAGGGACACUGCCAACCUGGGGCCCAGAGAAGGGACCGGCAUAGAGAAGCUGGGUGAGGGACUAGGCUAAGGCUGAAGGCUUGAAAAUUGACUCUUUGAAUCCCAGAUAAUUGCCCCAUUUGGCAGUUCUUGUUUUCCCCAGAGGCCCUGAAACUAAAUUCCUGGCCAAGAACUAUUAAUUGGCAAAAAACAGAUAAACCAAAACCUAAACGAAAGGCUAAAAAGGAAAGAAAAGGAUGUCAGGUGGUCUUUAGUCACAGUGCCCAUCUUUGGGGCUCUUCUCCAAAUCCUGCCAGGAAGAAGGGUCUGGGAUUUCCUUUCACUGUUUCAGCUGAUUCAAGAAACUAAGCUUAUUCUACAAGCCUGAGACAGAAGGCAAGAGUGGGGCUUGCUACCUCUAAACUGCUCUGAGAAUCCAAGGAAAUCGAGCAGGUUAUUUACACCCAACUAUGUGACAAAAGGAGGUUGUGUAAUGAUCCCAGGAAACAAUUCGCUGUAUGUAUAUUCCACACACACCCCGCCCCCAAGGGUUAUGUUUAGCAGGAGUUUAACAUGUACCAAACCACCAUCCCCUGCUCCACUGCUUACCUAAAAAGGGGGGCGGGGGGGUGUGGGCACUUCAUGCCUGGUUACCUGUCCCAAUGGCCUGUUUACAGCAUCCUAGUCAGAAGAUGGUCCUACUAUUUCAGCUUCAAAGGAGUUUGUACUGCAAGGGAGGGGGCUGAUGCAUGCUGCUACAGAAAACUCCAUUUUGGAUUUCAAGCAAACUAAAUCUUCAAUUUUGUCCUAUUUCUAGGGUUUUGAUUAACAGCAUGCUCUUUUAUACCCCCCCCCCUCCCAUAUCCCCACUUUGCAGUCUGUGCUGAGGAAAAGAAGGAAGUCCAGGUGAUUGCCCCUACUUCCCCUAAACCCCCAAAGUUUUGUUUUAACAAGCUCCAUGCCAGACUUUCUGGGGCAUACUGUCAAUCUUUGCCACCCCUAAAGACACGGUUUUCACUCCUCUGCUGAAAAUGGGGGAAUUCUCCAAAGUAUUAUAUUCUCAGUCUCUCCUUUCCUUACUACCCCUCCUGGGCCUGGGGCUCUGACCUCCCGCUAUGCUGGGAAUUUGAAUACCCUGUUCUAAUCUCUGCUGUGGAGAGGAUCUAAUCUCUAUCCCAGGAGAGGAAGCCUCAGUUUUCCUUUUAGAAGCUGUCUGGUUGGUGAAGUUGCCCAACCUGAGUCUAAGUGAAGAAGAUGCUCGCCAUCUAGUGGUCAUUGUGUGCCAUUGCCAGGGGUGUUGUCUGCUGUGGAGUUCGGGAUUCCCAGGAAUCCUAUGAAACAGAGGGUUUGGUUUCCUAGGGUGUAAUCUUUAUGGGAGCAGAUGGCUGGGCUGUUAGUUCUCAAGAAGCUGCUGGUGGGUGUGAACCUCUGACCUUUUCCUCUUCCUCGUGGAAUCCCCAACUCCAGGGGAGAGGGCUGAGUGGAACCUCCAAGUUCAAAUAAGACCAGUGUAUUCCUCAGUGCCCAAUAGGGCAGGAACUUGUCCAGGGUAAUCCAUUAUAAAGCAGUAGCAAUGCCCAGGUGAAGGAACCCCCAUCUUAUGCCUUGCCACCCCCCCAGCUCCAUCUAGUUAGCCAGAUUGCCCACCAACAUAAAGGGACUGAAACCAGUUUUCUUACAGUCGGGUUCUCAUGCCACCCUGAGAGGUAGCUCAGUCUUUGGGUGCUGAGAAAAGAGAGCCUGGGUCCAGACGGGGGUGGGACGCACUCUUCUGGACAGUAGACAGUAGACAAGGGAAAUUCAUGCCAGAUCAAACAUUAUCCGUGAAAGGGACAGGUGCGCUAGUCGACCCGGGCCUGCUGGGAGCAGAGCUCCUCAUUCCAUUCCCAUGGAUACCCUGACCGGACUGGAGGCCAGGAACUCUGAGACUUGGGACUCCAGAUGGGGCCACCAGGGUUGGGGUAUCAGGUCAACUGAGUAGGCACCUGAAGGUGCUCGCUGGAGAGGUGGGGUGACUGGGACUGCCAGGAAACUCCUGGUAGGUCUGGGUGUCCUCCCCUAAUCCCUUAGACUCCAGUGAAGUGUCAGACAACCCCAGUGGACACACAUCCUUCGUCCUCGCUCCCUGCUACCGGAAUGGCUGGCUAGGGCUCAGUUCUCCUGUUAAUUUAGCCUGUCUUAUGUCAGCGCAGUUGGGGAGCUCAAAGAGAAAGAAAGUAGGACAAGAGAGAGAGCAGAGAGGCAAGAGAAGAGAUGAAAAAGGGGUGUUGAAGAUGUGUUCCGGGGGAGCACUUUGCCAGGGCGUGGGGAGUAGAGACAGAGAUAAGAGAUAAGGCAUGGUAGCUGUAGAGGUCUGGCGGGGCUGGGCGCGUCAAGGAGACAGGCCCACGUGAGUAGGCAGGUGCAAGGUCUUCCUUGGUUUACAGUCCUUUCCCCUUGCCUUCAAAGCCAACCGUGUAUGUAGCAUCUUCUUAUUUUAAUUGUGAAAAUAUCCAACAAAGCAUUUGCCAAUUCAGUAAUUCUCUCCUUUUUGACUGCUCCUGUUAUCUUUUGAUCCACCUGUACUGCUUCUCUUUUAUGAAGGCCUUGGUGACUACAUUGGGCCUACUGGAAUAAUCCAGGGUUAGCCCCACUCCCCCCUUCCCCAUCUUGAGAUCCUUAAUUCAUAAUCCCUUUUGCCAUAUAAGGUGACUUAACGUGGAUUGCUCUGGGGAUGGGACGCAUGUUUCAGCCUAUCACAGGCAGGGAUGAAAGUUGGGCCGGAGAUUGCCCCCAAACCCAGAAUGAGAGGGAUGGUGCCAAGAGGGGGGUCUCAUGUCUAACAACCUCAAGUGCUUCAUAUGCUGGUGAUGCUAGGGAGAGCAGUUGGGAGAAAUUCUUAAUUAUUACUAGUGGCCCCUUCAGGUCUGGGCCCUUCCUGUGACAAUUCCAAUAGGCUUUGUGUUCACCACUGCCUCCUCUCCGGAACCAUUCUGUGCUCUGGCUCCCGCACGCAGCAAACUAACGUGGACACUUUGGAAAGGGUAGAUUAGUUGUCUUUAAAAAAAAUUCUUGUUUAAAAAGUUUUAGUUAAAAAAAAAAAGUUUUAGUUAAGUCAUCUUCCUGAAAGCACAGAAACUCUUGACAGUUGAUACUAGAGCUUUCUGAUUUUCUUAUUACUUUUUAAUUGCCACUCAGCAUUUAUUUUAUUCCCAAUUUACAUAUUCAGGUUGGUAGGAUUUCAAUGCAUUUUCAUCCACAGGAAUUAAAAAAACAGCACAUAGAGCUUAUAUCCAAGGUACACAUUGUGGCGCAUUUUACCUUUUAGUUUUAGGAAAAGGUGCUGAGCUGCUUGUGCUCUGGUUUACUUUUCUUCUUUUGAUCCUUGAUUCCUGUUUGCAUUCCUUUCCCAUGCGUAUAUAGUUUUGAGUAUGUGUGUAUGUGUAUCUUUGGAAAAAACAUUUAAUAUUGAUGCACUUACAUGUUUUAACAUAUAAAUGAUAUACUUUUACAUAAUCGAAUUUCUGUAAUGAGCUGCCCCCAUAUCUCAGUGAUUUAACACAUUAAAGGUUUAUUUUCACAUA